AUGGCAACCGGGAUGGGCGUCGAGUGCCUCCUCGGCUCCGCCCACCACCAACACGACCGCUUUUCCCUUCUCCUCGUGCUCCAAAACGUGUUUGAUACUCUCACGACUGCAAUCAAUCAUUCCGUGAAGGAGUCCCCAUUCACGUCUCCAUGGCGUCCAGAAUUGACCGACCAGCGUGCACAAAUGGAAUCUGAUGUGUGGCAACGUGUCGAGUAUUCCGGUUCCGUUCGUCGCAAAGUUGAUGAACGCGGCCAUCGAAAUGAUACCGUGCGGAUGGUAGCCAAUCAGAUAGCUAUGCUCUGCCGGCAUCUCCGCCGUCGUGUGCAUCUGAACCGGGAAGUAGUUGGCGUACCACGAGUGAAUCCGUUGCCUCUGAAACCAUUCGCUUCGGUAGGCGCCACGUUUCGGCGAUCCCCAAUCGUAGAUCAGCCAGAGGGCGUAGACGACGAUAAGUGGCCAGGCGAUUGUGUAGAGCAUGUAGAAGGGGACGGUGAGCACGAGCACCGGGGUGAAGAGGGUGAUGAAGAAGAAGUGAAGAGCGCCGAGGGUUUGAAGACGUCGGGUGAGCGGGAUGUUCAUCGGAGCCCAUUCGAUUCCGAGCAGGUGCGGCAUCUGGAAAUUUGGCGAUUUUUUCAUAGCAAAGAAUCCGUCAGAAUCUCUCAGAAUCCCGCCGAAUUCUCCCUUCAAAAAGUCCAUUUUCCGGUGGAAAACAGUCGAUGCACCAGAAUCCCCCGGAACUUCAAUGUUUUGGAAUUCUGA